AUGCCUGCUGUGUCAGGGAACAUAGAACAGGCUGAAGAAGAGAAGACGCCAAUUUGCAAAGAAACAAAUGAGACCGAGGCAAAGAUCCAAGGCGAUAGUGUUGUUCCUGUGGUGGGCGCCGGCGCCACGUUUAUCACCUUUGAUGUGAAGACCACCGCGUUAAACCGAAGCUUGAAGCCCGACUGGAAUUGGAUGCCACUAGGUGAAGGCUUUUGA